UCAUUAACGGAAUUAUAACGCACACUGCGAGAGAAGUACCUGCGAGUUAUUUUGUUGGAAACUCUGAUAGUUACUGGAGUUAUACUCUAUGCAGAUGUGAAACGAUGGAAUACGGUUGGUAUGUAAUUUAUGGAACAUUCCAUGCACAAUUUUGAAUAACGAUUUCUAUGAGAGUUAUGAAAUACAGCAUUGGUUGGAAUAUCAAAAAAUCGAGUGUUUAAAAAAUCAAACGGGGAUGGAUAGCUAAUAAAUGCAUUUUGUGAACUUUGAAAAAGAGUGAAUUUGUGCACUUGUUCUUGAAUACAUUACGUAUUUCUAAGAUAUAGUUUAUGAACAAAAAUGCAAUGAACGGUUAACGGACAACGGUACGCAAAAGAGCAGCAUAUAUAACUGCAAAGAAUCUAAAUACCAUCACAAAACAUGGAUGAAUUAACUGUUAAUUAUAAAGUCAAAUCAUUAUAAGAUAAUGAAUUAAUGUGUAAAAAAAGCUAGCCUAGUUUAACAGUUGCGUUGAUAACCGUGUAACAUUUUGGAGUUCAGAAAUUGAAAAAUAUGUGACAGUGAAUGGAUAUGUACUAUUUACACGAAAAUAUAAUAGAAAUUUGCCUUGUAGAUACAAGAAAAUUAAUUUAAACAGCGAAUCAUGAGCAGAAGGGCAAGUUUAUUCGCUAAACAGAAUCCGGAAGUAGAAAAACCAAAGGGUGUACGGUUUCCGGAUGAGUUAGUGUUUUUGGACAAUAUAAAGGAGAAUGAUAUAAAUGCACUAGGUCACAUGUUGAGAAGAGCCAGUUUACAGGUAGACAUUAGUGGAAUUAAUGACGUUGGUUUAACGCCUUUACAUCAAGCGGUACUAGAUGGCAAUGACAGUGCUGUAAGACUUCUAGUUGCACAUGGUGCAGAUAUCAACAAACAAGACGAUGAUUCUUGGACGCCACUUCAUGCUGCUUGUGCGGAGGGAUAUGCGGAUAUUGUUGCGUUUCUUUUGGAGAAAGGGGCAGAUAAGACAAUUUUAACGGAUGAAGGCGAAAGACCGCUCGAUCUCGUAGAACCGUCUGAUCUCGAAACCAUCCGGGUAAUGCUAGGAAACAUCCAGCCAUGUGAUAAUGACCAAUCAGAUGAUGACACGUUAGAACAAGACGGCGUUACUACUUCCGUUAACGGCUGACCCAGUUUUAACUUCCUAACUUUUGCCAAAGAUGUUAUUUUCAUAAUCAGUUCAGUGGAAAGUCUACUGCGGAAUUGCUCAGCCCCACAAAGUUAGAUUUUAUACACAGUGCCACAUAAUGACAUAAAGUAUACAUGUACCUUGUCCUAUUUUUGCGUUGUGCCAUUUACAUUUGUUAUUUUAUAUACGGAAAAUUGAUACAAACAACACUAUUUUUUAGACAGAACUCUGAAGUUUUUUUUCUCUACUGUUCACGGAUCUUAAAACAGAUAAACAUAUCUUCAAAAUGUUAGUGUAAUUGUCGUAUUGUAAAUGCAAUUUACUCUGCGCAGUCUAAACUGUUGAAAUAAAAAAAAACAUCAGAGAAACUGUAGACAUCCUUCAGCAAAUGUUACAACGGAUGAAAUUAGACCAAACGAAGGAUGUGUUACAAUUAUUAAUCCAUCAUUUCGUUAAAACUGGGCAAAGGAAGGCUUUCGUUUGUAGUUGCAGUGGGCUUGUAGGUACAACAAAGGAUUUUCCACACGUAAUAUUACACUUCUUCGGCUGUGGUUGUGUGAAUUUACACAAUGAAUCAAAGCCGUACAAGCUGAACUACAUAUGCAGUCAUACAAUAAAAUGGUGCAAGAAUUCAUAAUAAAGGUAUAAAGAUAAUUUGUGCGCAUUACUUUUAACUAUAGCUUUUACAGAAAUUUAAUCAGAAAACAAUUGGAAAGAAUGAGAUUCUGUGUGAUUUUUGCCAUUGAUUAUUUUAUAAGGUUAAUGUCAUUUCUUCCUUUAUUUAUUUGUUGUAACAGUGCAAGAACAUGUUAUACACUUCGAAGGAAAUAACAAGCUAAUGUUGUUUUUAGGACAACCUUGUUAUUUCUAUGACAUUGGUUUUAAAGUGGCACUAUGUCAUGCUACAGCAUGCAGUCUUUCGAAGCAAUACGUGAAUCAAGCUAGACAUUAGAAAGAGAACGCGUUGCUUCAACAUGAAAAUAACGAGUGCUGUAUUAAUUGGACAAAAAACUCUUUCUGAUAAGCUCAGUGAGAUAAAUUCUUAUUCCAUUUAUUGGAGUUACAUGAAGAAAUUUGUAUAACGUUAAGUAUGUGAUAAGUCAUGCACAUAACGUUUCAAAUUCUUAAAGGAAAGCAAAAUUAAUCUUGCAAAAUUUCCAAAUCUGUCAAGUUUUCAUUAUAUAUUCUCCCUUGUAAACCUUCAUCUUGUUAAUAAAGAUAAAAUAAAUGUU